CGUUUGCCGUUUGGGGUUAUAGAUUUCUUUGGCUUAAGUUAGUUGAUAACUUAUACCAACGGUCAGAGUAGACCAGAGCUUCGAGACACACUUGAAUGAAUCUCAUCGGAGAUUUCGUAGGCAAAACUGAUCAGAAUCUCAACUAAAAAAUUCUCAGAAAUCUCAAAGUUCAAAUCUUUUGUUCUCUUUCUGGGUCCUUCUUCUUCAACCUUUUACCAAUCGACCUUAUCUUCAUAAUUUGCUUUUGUGUUUUAUCAUUACGCAAUAAAGCACCAGUCUUUACUCAAUAAAAUCAGGUGAAACGGAGCCAGGAGAUGCUUAGUUUGCAGAGUCUUCCUCCUUUCUCCAUCUCCUUCCCAAAUCGGAACACCAAUUCCUGCUCAACGGCUCCACCUCGUGCGACCACUGACUUUGCUGCUACACCAAUCUCUCGCCGUCUUAUCCUUCUCCGUCAUGCUCACAGUUCCUGGGAUGAUCUUUCCCUCAGAGACCAUGAUCGUCCUCUAAGUAAAACCGGACAAGUUGAUGCUGCCAAAGUUGCUCAAAUCCUCUCCUCACUUGGUUGGCUUCCCCAACUCAUUCUCUCAAGCGACGCCACACGCACUCGAGAGACACUGAAGUCAAUGCAAGCGCAAGUGGAUGAGUUUAUGGAGGCAAAUGUACAUUUCAUUCCGAGCUUUUACUCCAUUGCUGCUAUGGAUGGCCAAACAGCUGAGCAUCUUCAUCAGAUUAUCUCCAAAUAUUCAACACCUGACAUUACUACUGUCAUGUGUAUGGGGCAUAAUAAAGGUUGGGAAGAAGCAGCCUCUAUGCUCUCUGGAGCUUCUGUUAAGUUGAAAACAUGCAAUGCUGCUUUGCUUCAGGCUUUUGGUGACUCCUGGGAUGAAGCUUUUGCACUCUCCGGGCCUGGCGGAUGGAAACUUGAGGGUGUAGUGGCUCCAGAUAGUAGCAUCUAUGUGUAGUAGCAAGCAUCCGAAGCUUCUAGUAUACCAUUUUUUCAUGGUUGCUUUUCUCCUCUAGGCUUGCAGCUUUUGCUACUACAGUAUGUUAUUCUUACAACUGCUUUACUGUUUACACAAUAUAUAAAAGGCGGUAAAGUUUCAUCCUUGUCUCUCAAUACCAUGUAGCUAUGCUUAGUUUUUAGCUGAUGAGAUGAACAACGCAAGAUCGGAUUGCGUCUCUUUAUCAGAUGCCUUAUGUAAGAUCCGAGCAUCACAGAAAUGUUCAAAUGCAAUCUUCAUUUAUAUAAAUUGGGGAGUUUGCAUAUUUA